UGGUGGGGGCUCUGCCCCCGGGGUCAUGGCCUGACAGCUGCGCUUGGAGCACCGGCGCGUGUGUCCCCCCCCCACCUCAGCCUCUGAAAGCUGCCCCUUUGUCAGAGCUGGUUAUGUGCUCGGCGCUGUAUAAGAAGAAGAGUCUCAGUCCCACGGAGCUUGCUUUCUAAAAGGCAGCUGUAGCUGAGACAACGCUCAGUGGGAAAGUUUUAGUUGAGGAGGGGGGUGAGUGUUGUUCUGUUGGAGUAAUAUUUCCUCUGUGUGCAGCACAAUAUUAAGAUGGAGGACUAUGAGAAGUUCUGUGAAAAGCAUCUUGCCAGGAUCCAAGGAGAGUCAAUUCAAAGGGAAACCUCUUCAUCUGCUCAGAAGAAUAUCUCACUUAUUCAAUUCCAUGGCAUUCCUGUGCUUUCACCUCUGCUGAGUCUUGAGAGAAAAAAGGAAAUGCAGCAGGAUAAACAAAAAGCACUUGAUGUAGAGAUCUGGAAGCUGAAUUCCAGGAAAAGAGCUUUACUGAAUCGUGUUCAGGAGAUCCUGGAAAACGUGCAGGUCAGAAAGGUGUCUAGUAUGAGCGAUUUGGAUCAGUGGGAGUCUGAGAGUGGUCACUCUAAUUCAGAAUCAAAAGCCUCAAAUGGCUUCACAAUGCUAUCAAACAUCGAUUUGCCAAGUUCUAUUGCAUGCUGUGGUACUACAGACCUUGAAAAAACAUUGGAAAUUAUGCCAGCAGACACUGCUAUCCAGGUUACAUCAAGUGGAAUAGACUCAGUUAGAAGCACAGAAGAACAUAUUCCUCCUGAACCAAGUGAGAGCAACCUCUCAGAAAACAUUGCUUGCCCAAAGGUUACAUCUCCUGAUAAAACACAAAAUAUGACUACUUCAAAUGCACAUGUAAACCAAGAGCAUAUGGAGGUGCCACCAGUUGGUGAGGAAGUACCUGAUCCUUAUGUAAUGAGUCUUCAGAACCUUCUGAAAAAGUCUAGGGAGUACAUAGAGAGAGAGCAAACAAGACGUAGCAUAAGAAGUAAUUCAAAAAGAAGUGUUAAUGAAAGUCAUUCAGAUAAAGAAAAUGAUGCAGUUAAAACAAAUGCGUCUGGGAAAGAGAAAGCGAGGUUUACAGGCAGGAGUUGUACUCCUCUGACACUUGAUAAACCAAGUCUUAAUAAAUCAAAUAUUCUUCUUCAGGGUGCCUCUGCCCAAAUAAAUAGCAUGAGUACAUCAGCUUCAUCCAGCUUUUCUAAAGUGGAUAUACCUACAAGAGCUGGAACACCCCCAGUUUUGGAUUCGGAUUCAGAUGAAGAACUAAAAAAUAUCUCUACCUUUGAUCACGACAGUAGUAUUGUCAGAAGCCUUACAGGUUCUUAUGCCAAAUUACCCAGCCCGGAGCCAAGUAUGAGCCCUAAAAUGCACCGAAGACGUCCAAGACCUUCAUCAAUGGGACACAUAGUUAUCAAUAACCCUGUGAAUGCCUAUGAAUUAAGCCCUUUAAACAAGGGAAGAGCAAUUGACUUGAUCAUACAAGAUGUCACUGACCAAACCAAUGCAUCUGAACCUGUGCCAAAAUUCACUGCUGACAUCACUGCAGUUUGUUCUAGCAAAGCUCAUGUUGUCAACAAGAAUUCUUCAGAGACUUCAAAUCACAUGCAUUCCAUUAGUCAACUAGAGAGCAAAGGAAUGAUGGUGUCUUCCAUAAUGGAGGGAAAGCUGGAUGAUAGAAGGCCAUACAAAAUGGACAGUACUACUUGUACUGUAACUCCAAAAUUGCAUGAGUCAUAUGCAGUCAGUCAGUCGAUGGUGACUCAAAAGCUCAUAACUAUGAAUGGAAUCAAGCCAGAUAAUUUAUUAGAAAAGACCAAAAGUAAUUCACCCGUGGAACUCAAUAAAUCUUAUGAUGUAGAAAAUCCAUCUCCAUUACUGAUGCAAAGCCAGAAUAAGCACCAGCAAAUGGAUACUCCAAAUGUUUCUUCUGGAAAUGAACAUUUUGUAGAAAAUGGUUUUGAAAAAGUGAAACGUAGGCUUGAUUUAGAUAUUGAUAGCUCACAGAAAGAGAACAACCCAUAUGUUUUAACAGAUGGAACAGAAGAACAAGAGAAGUGGAGGUUGCAAGACCGAAGAUGCCCCAUAGGAUCUGUUUAUGGGAACAAGAAUGAAACCUCAGUCAGUGGUACCAAUGAAGAAGAGAUUUUGAAAAAUAAACUCUUGGCUUUUGAAGAAAUGAGAAAGAGACUUGAAGAGCAGCAUGCACAACAACUGUCAGUACUGAUAGCUGAACAAGAGAGAGAACAGGAGAGAUUGCAGAAGACUUUUAAUCUGCAGGAGAUAGAAGAGCAGGAGAGAAGGUUAAAAGGAAAGAAGAGUGCUUCAGCAGACACAGAAAUUCCCAAAAUGACCAUUAGCAGUGGGAUGGAACUGGAGUGGAGAAAAAUAAGCGAAAGUGGCUUGUUGGAAACAAUGCUGACUCAAGUGGAGACAAUCCAUAACACAAACUUGAACAGCACUGGUAAAAGUUUUGCCAACACUACCAUGCCCAAUAGUUUUGGUUCAACAAAUGAAGCUCCAUUCUACCUCUGGGGACCAUCUGGUAGUGGAAUGUCAAAAAUAUCAGCAUCCAGGCUUAUUAGGGCCAAAACCAGGUGGUCUCAGGCCUUCAAUCCAGAGAUGCAAAUGAAGUUCAGUAAGAUCACUGCCUUGGCAAAGGGAUUUCUGACUCGUAGGCUCAUGCAAACAGAAAAAUUGAAAUAUCUUAGGCAAACCGUAAAAGAUACUAUGGAGUUCAUAAAAAAUUUUCAGUCUGAAGCUCCCUUAAAGAGAGGAACUGUUUCGGUGCAAGAUGCAUCCCUACAAGAAAGAGUGAUGGCUCAACUGCGAGCUGCGCUGUAUGACAUCCAUGAUAUAUUCUUUAUAAUGGAAGUAUCUGAAAGAAUGAAUAUUCUGCGUCAUGAUCGUGAAGUUCGCAAAGAGAAAAUGCUGAGGCAAAUGGCUAAAAUAAAGACUCCACGAGAGAGGGUGACGCUUUCGACAGCUACACAGAAAUCUCUGGAUAGGAAGAAGUACAUGAAGGCUGCAGAAAUGGGAAUGCCAAAUAAAAAAUUAAUCAUAAAACAAAAUACUCCUGAAGCAAGAGUACUUCAGCCAAAUCAAGGACAAAAUACUCCAAUUCAUAGGCUUCUUUGCAGGCAAGGAACCCCUAAGACCUCAAUGAAGGGGGUUGAGCAAAAUAGAAAGAAGUCCUCAGAGAGCAGAGUGCCUAACAAGGCAACUUCAGGAGUAUAUGCAGGAAGAAUCCAAAGAAAGAAGCCAAAUGUUGUGACAAUUUAAGACGUCAGCACUCACUCGGAUAAAAAAAAAAGGCUAUUUUAAUGCAAUAGUCUCUUCACCAUUGGUUCAGAUCUUGCAUCUCCUAUAUGUAUGCUUUGAAUUGACAAACGUACACAUUUAACAUAUUUUGCAUAUUUUAAGGACAUAGGUUUUUAUGGAAUGAUGUUAAAGUAAUGAAGAGGGCUACAAAUAAGUUCAGUUCUUCUGAAAACAAAUUGCAUGUUACAAACCUGUUGUUCAGAUUACUGCAGACAUAUGUCCACAUUCAAAAUGCUCUGUUGUAGAAAAGAAUAUAGUGCAACAUUGUUUAUUUGUAUCUUUUUGCCAUCUCUCUGACUUAUAUACAAUGUGUCAUGCACUUUUUUGUACUAUAGGAAAUAUAUUUACAAUUGCAGUUCAUACACAUUAGUCUGUAUAACUGAUUUCCUAUGUGUACAUAUUUUAGCCUUUUACCCUAAAAUUAGAGAAGUAGAAAAGAUAACUUAUUCAACUGUAACAAUACUGCACGUUUUUCCUCUGUGUAUGUUUGAGAGCAGCAUCACUAAGUGUAUCAUUACAUAUGAAUGUGCUAACCUCUCAGUUUAAAUACUGACAGAUAUUGUUACUCAUUUCUAUUGACUGUUUGCAGACAUGGAUCUGAGUUAAUUGCUGGCAUAAAUGUGCAAUUCUAUUUACAUGAAUGAAGUCGCACCUGUUCUCAUGGGUGGUGAAUUUAGGCCACUAUGAUGAAACAUUCCAGGCAAUUUUUCCUCCAUACUGUUCACUGCAUUUUCUAAUUCCAAACUACAUUUUGAUCAAGAUGAAGUAUAAUUAAGAUGUAGCAGUUCUAUGACACUGUACAAGAGUUUUAAAAGGAAAGCCUUUAAUUGUCCUCAGCAGUCAUACAGAUGACUGUUUCACACCAUUAUGUGUCUUAAGGUUUUAUUUUUGACAUUCCUAGAUCUACUUUACUGUCUAAACAAGUAACUUGGAACAGUUUUUUUAUAUAAAAAAAAAAAAAAUACUGUCAUCAGUAACAGAUCCAAGCACUGAAGCCAUGCUUCCAUGUUCUGAGUCCCUAAAACUUUGCAAGACUUAACUUCCAAAACACAUGUUCCUGUUUGCCCCUGUCUUUUUGGCUAUUUCAGACAUUAUGAAUAUGCUUCUUUAAAGAGAGAGGCUGCUUAGUAAUUUUAAUCUUGAUAAUGAGCUUCUUUGAAUCUUUCUUUGGUUUUCAAAUAAAAUAGAGAAAAUCUUGCCCCUGUGUAUAUCCAUCCUUAAAGGCAUGUAUUAUUCAGUCAAUAGUAUACUUCUGAUCCCCACAGCUUUAAGGGUGGUAGAGAGGAGGACUGUUUAAACAAAAUAAAGGGUACGUAUUUAAUGAAAAUGUCAAAUGUUACUGUUUCACUAGUAUGUAUUUGCUAUAACUCUUAACUUUGGUGGAGUUAAUCCAGGUGGGCAUUGGUAUAACAGCAGACUUGACCCAAAAUAUUAUCAAUAUUCAUUAAAUAUCUCAAUAUAAAAAUUAAAUAGGUGGAGGGAAAAAUGCCUUAAUACAAAAAUGCAUGUAUGAAUUAAAAGAACUUGUUUGGGGAUGGCCUUUAACCUACAAGUUAUGGUUUGCAUCUACAAAUCAGUACCUUAUCCUGUACCUUUUGUUGCAUUAUUAUAAGCAAAUGUUACUUAUCAUGCAGUAUUUUAAACUGAGCCAGACAUGUACUUGAAAAAGAGGCAAUGCUAAUACGAAGAAAUAUUUAGAGGAUUAACAGACUACUCAGUGGUUGUGUACUGUGAUCUUAUUUGAAGGCUCUGAGGCAGAUCCUCAGCUGGUGUUACUUUACACCAGCUGAAAACCUGCAUCUAUCUGUUUUAAACACUAUUGUUCUUUAGUUUCCCACCAUAAUACAAAGAUUUAUUAUGAUAAUCUGAACUUCUUGGAUUCCUAGUCAUUUUCAAAACUUUAUUUUUGUUCUUAAAUUUUGCAUUACUCUGUUUAUUAUUCUUGAAAUGUUUUCCUCUACAAGACUAAGUUAGAAUGACAAGUGAAAUGCAUCAUAUUUUAUUAAGAAUUCUAGACUACCUUGCAGGUUGCAACUUUAGACUGGCUUACUUGCUGUUGUAUGUUAGUGCUAAAAAUUGAUUGCAGAUGUUUUCUGUACUGUUAAUUGGCAUUUGAGGCAAUAUGUAAAAAGUAGGCUUAGUCUAAAUAUUUAAAAAAUGAAUGUUCAACUUUUUGUUCAGAUUUCGUAUCUAAACCUUUUUUACUUUAAGAAUGUUUCAAAGUCUGUGUACUAAAAUAUCCUAGCAAAAUUUUUUUAACUUUCAUAAGGCCUUCUUGACAAGUGCCAGAAUUUGUUUUUGUAAUUUGAUAUAUUUUGUAUUUAUUUAUACAUAUUUAAUUUUCAAUUCACUUUAUUUUUGUGGAAUGUAAUGUCAUUAUUAUAAAGUGUAUAUUUAUUUUUUGUACUUUAUUUCAUUUACACUAGUCUUGCCCCUUUUGUUAAAUA